AUGGCAGCUGCUGUGAGAGUGCUCCACGAAAGCCAAAUUUCUCCUUCUCCAUGGCUUCCAUCUCAACCUCCUCAACCUCUCUCCUUCCUCGACGCAAUCUGGCUCCCAAAUUCAGUACUAGUAGAGAGGCUUUUCUUCUACGACUUCCCUCACCCCGUCUCCCACUUCAUAGACCACAAGCUCCCAAUCCUCAUAAAAACCCUCUCCCUCACCCUCCAUCACUUCUACCCUUUAGCAGGAUCCAUCCGUCCCUCCGCUGAUUUUGACGACGGUCAGUUUGAGAUUGCAUAUGAGGAAGGUGACUCUGUUACCCUCACUAUCGCCGAGUUCACCGGCGAGGACUUCCACAACAUCUCCGGCUACCAUCCGAGAAACUUCGAAAACCUUCGUCUUUUGGUCCCGAAACCGAAAAAGUCAUCAUCUUGCGGCCAAUUUCCACCCAUAUCGAUUCAAAUCACCCUUUUCCAGAACCAAGGCCUCUGCAUCUGCUUCGCAAUAAACCACGUUGCGUGCGAUGGUUCAGGAACGAUGGGAUUCAUCCGAUCAUGGGCCACUGCCUGCCGCUCAACUGAGCCCACUCUCCAUGAAAUCUCCCGUCCUUUCCUCGACCGAUCCAUUAUUAUUGACACCCACGGGAUUCAACGGAAGAUGUUCCAACACAAAAGGGUAUUUGAAGAGUAUUUGAAGAAGCAGGAUACCUUGCCAGUUUCUGAUCCCAGCUUGGUCUCUGCAACUUUUACUCUCUGUAAAGAUCAUAUUACACAGCUAAAAGAGCGAGUCCAAGCAAAGGGAGAAGAGGAAGGGAAGCCAUUGUUUCAUAUCUCAACUUUUGUUGUAACCUGCGCUUAUGUAUGGAGAUGCCUCGUGAAAGCUCGCGCUUACGAUGGAGAUAGCCAGCAGUAUUUCGUUUGUGUGGUGGAUUGGAGAUCGAGGAUGAGGCCGCCGCUCCCAAGAAACUAUUUUGGGAACUGCUUGGGCGGUUUAAUGGUAGAGUUGAGCACGAAAGAGUUGGUGGGGAAGAACGGGAAUGAGCUAGCGGCCAUGGAAAUAGGUAAGAGCAUAGAUGGAUUGCGAGGGAGGGAUGUUGGUGAGGUAUUAACGACGGCGUUUGGUAGGCUUUUGGAGAAUGAGAGGAGGAAGUCAUUAUCAGUUGCGGGAUCGCCGAAACUGAUGGUCUAUGAGGUUGAUUUUGGAUGGGGACGGCCGGCGAAGGUUGAGAUUAGUUCUAUUAAUGAGACGAGAGCCAUAUCUCUGGCUGAGAGCAGAGAGGAGGAGGGAGGAGUAGAGAUUGGUUUGGUACUCCCUGAGGAAGAGAUGAAUAGGUUUGGGAAGAACUUCACUUGUGGAUUGGUUGAUAUUUGACUU